AUGCGGCCAAGUACCUGCCCCACCAUUAAGAACAGCAAUCUCGCUGCUGUCAUUCUCUACCUGAAGAAUGCGAAUGUUACCAAUCUUCUCAGUCUCAAAUUUGUCGACUCCCCUGCGGUUGAAAGCUUGCUCGAGGCGCUCUGUGAGCUGAAGGACUUGCAAUUCCUUGACGGCCCCUCGGGUGAUAUUACCAUUGAUGGAAGAAGAGCGGCUAGGCUACCCAUUGAUCAGAUCUGGUACCGUGUCUUGGAAGCUGGCAACUCGCUUGGCUGCCUCGAGGAUAUUUGCGCCAUUGUCGCCAUCAGUUGCUCCCAGUACCCAAUCUGGACACGACCUAUCGCGUUCCAAGAUGCUGCCGACAUGAUGGACCGGUGCCAGUUCGCUCAUCCUCUGUUUGACCACAUCACAGACCUGAAUGCUCUUCAUGCAUACGGCCGGGUGAAGGCUGAGGGCAAGAUCGACCUUCCAGCCUGGUGUCAUGAUCAUUUCCUCAGUCAAAGCACACUCGAGCAUAUCAUGAAAUCUCGCAGGGGUUUGGCAGAGAAGUGCCAGAGGGUCUUUCAGGCCUUGGCCAAGGGACUGGUCACUCAAUCGGCUAUGUUGAAGAAAGGACACACGCUUCAUGUUACGGUGCAGCACAAUCAGCCUGGCCUCAUUCAUCCAGAGAGCUGCGUCAUAUAUGCUGGCAAGAAAGUCGAUGCCCAUAUCAAGGGUGAUGCAUUCCCAGCCUACGAGUGGAUUGUUUGA